AUGUCUUCUCUAUUUAGUGCUAUUCUUGCACUCCUCUCUGCCACAUCCAAAGGAUAUAUUGACCCUCCCAAUUGUGAAAACUAUUUGGGCUAUUUUGGUCUUGAACAAUGGGACGCCAUUGAAUUGCUUAAAGAAAUCAAUGAUAACGUGCAUUAUCGAUGCAAAACAGAAAAACUCGCAGAUGCUCUUUUCAUUAAUGAUACAGCGAUAUUCGAACUUAUCGCUGGAAAGCUGUUGCCAAACAUAAAACUGGAGAACAUUGCAAAAAGGAUUUACAAACAAGAAUGCAUUCCUUUUUGCGAAUUUUCAUUAUUAAUGAAAUCAGCUCUUAAUAAAUGGAAAGUACAAAAGAUCACGAGAAGAAAGAGAAAUCUUUCCUGCUCUUAUGCGAAGAACCGUCGCGAAACUCGGCACAAAAUUGGCUGUGUGUUUUAUUGA